UCCAUUCAGGAAGGAGAGAUGUGUUCUGCAAGACAAUCCUGUUGCUUCCAAUACGAAACACCACAAAUAUCGAGCAAAGCUGGAGUCGUUAUUACGAGUUCAAGGCAGAGUCACCGCAGGAGCAGCACUUCGACUGCAGCAACAGCCUUCGCCAUAGCAACGUCGGGUUCUAGCAACCCCCCUGACAAAGCAGUUGGUUAUUACGAUGGAAAUCAUCGAAGUGGUUCCUGUCGAGAUCGCAGCAAACGCAAAGAAACCGUCUCAACUGCAGCUACAAUGCGAGUGUUGAAUGUGCUGAGGCACUGGGUCUCCAAACAUUCUCAGGAUUUCGAAUUUAAUCAUCAAUUGAAGAAUUUAACUAUUGAGUUUUUAGACGAUAUCGUUGGUAGUCCAAAUCUAUUACCAGCCGAACAUAAAGCUGCAAGUCAAUUACUGAGACUCAUUAGCAAAGAAGAACCGGAGAAUAGUGAAAUUGACUUACAGAAACUUCUAGCACCACCAUCAGAGCUGCUCACAGAAGAGGCGAAAAGCCUCACAAUCUCCAAUCUCCAGGGUAAACUCGAGAUGCUGGAGACCUACUGGGAAAAAUUCGAGAGCACUCAUGAGAAGCUCAUCGCUGGCAGCGGCAAGAUCGAAGGAAUCCUUGAAUUGCCGUACUUCAAGGACCAUCGCUCAAUAUCNUCAGAUGAAGAGCUACUCAGGACCGCUCAUCAGGUGACACAGCUCUGUCUGUCAGGAGGCUUUCCGCUAACCAAAUGGCACUCAAAUAGCCCAGCUCUACUCACAUCUCUUCAACCUGACAGCACCUCUCAAGAACAACGAUUCAUAGAGGACUCGCUCACCAAGAUUCUAGGGGUUUCUUGGCAUCCUGGAACGGACAACUUCAAGUUCUCCGUCACUCAGCCUGAGACCAGCUCAAUAACGAAGAGAAUCAUUUUAUCGGAAACGGCUCAACUCUUCGAUCCACUGGGUUUCCUAGCGCCAGUGGUCAUACGAGCGAAGAUAUUGCUCCAGGCUCUAUGGAUCGAGAAACUGGGAUGGGACGAACCAGUUUCCCAGACAACUGCUCAACGAUGGAGCCAAUUCAGGGAGGAGCUCACACAGUUAUCAGAGAUCACCAUACCUCGGUGGCUUGGACUGCUCACGGAUUCCGUCGUCGAAGUACACGGUUUUUCCGACGCAUCACAAGUGGCGAUGUCAGCCGUGAUCUAUCUCAAGGUUCUCAACAAGGGAAAAUCACAACUCACAUUGGUUUGCUCAAAAACGAAGGUCGCACCGCUCAAACGGCUGACAAUCCCACGACUAGAACUCACUGCGGCUCUCCUCCUGGCCAAACUGACUAAGUACGUCAAGGACCAACUCAAUCUCACGAACGCCACCACCUAUCUCUGGACCGACUCAUCGGUCACGCUCACGUGGAUCAGCUCACACUCCUCAAGAUGGAAGGAGUUCGUGAAAAAUCGGGUGGCACUCAUCCAGGAGCUCACUCAGCAGGCUCAUUGGAGAUUGGUACCGGGCAAGGAGAAUCCUGCAGACUGUGCAUCUCGAGGUCUAUCAGCGCACCAACUGGUAUCUCAUAAGCUCUGGUGGAAAGGGCCACCAUGGCUUCAUCAAGACUGCUCAUCAUGGCCAACUCACGCUCUGGAAAAAGACCUCAGCGCAGACCUCGAGGAAAAGCCAGGAGUUCUCCUACAUGUAAAAGCUCAUCCAAUCGCGCUCUGGAAUCUCGUCGACAGAUUCUCAUCGUUCAACCGACUGCUCAGGGUCACAGCAAUCUGUCGACGAUUCAUAGCUCGGCUCAGGAAAACCCCCAACUCUUCUCUUCGAUACCCGCUCACUCUUGGUGAUCUUGAAGAGGCUCGCAUCCUCUGGAUCAAACUCACGCAGGCAGCUCACUUCAAGGAUCAACUCAGAGCGAUCUCACGAGGGGAAAGGUUCAGCAAAUCCCACCCCCUCACCAAGCUCACACCCUUCAUCGAUCGCCAAGGGGUAUUGAGGAUAGGAGGACGGCUCAAGUUUGCUCACAUAGGCCCGGAGAGCCGGAACCAAGUGAUUAUUCCGAAGGAAUCUCAACUGGCUCAGCUACUCAUCGGACAGGCUCAUCUAAGGACACUCCACGGAGGCACACAGCUCACCCUCAGGCAGCUCAGAAGUAGCUACUGGAUACUCGGAGGUCGAGCACCAGUACGCUCCUUCAUCCUCAAGUGCGUUAACUGCACUCGCCAACGUGGAGUACGCGCUCAACAGCUCAUGGGCCAGUUGCCACCAGCCAGACUCACUCCCGCUCGAGCCUUUCUCAACACUGGGAUCGACUAUGCCGGCCCAGUGUCUCUACGGUCCUGGAAAGGGCGGGGACACAAGUCGUACAAAGGCUGGUUGGCUAUCUUUGUCUGCAUGACCACCUCAGCGGUCCAUCUCGAGGUCGUGUCAGACUACUCAGCCGAGGGGUUCAUCGCGGCGUAUAGACGCUUUUCAAGUCGGCGUGGGAUCGCUCAUUCCUUGUUCAGUGACUGUGGGACCAAUUUCCUUGGCGCUGACAAGGAACUAAAGAAGCUCUUCUCGUCAGGAUCAGCUCAAUCAAGACAGCUCGCACAGCUCCUCAUCAAUGAUGGGACUCAGUGGUCCUUCAAUCCUCCAGCACCGAUCCAGGCAUCUCAUCAAACNACCAACUGGUAUCUCAUAAGCUCUGGUGGAAAGGGCCACCAUGGCUUCAUCAACACUACUCAUCAUGGCCAACUCACGCUCUGGAAAAAGACCUCAGCGCAGACCUCGAGGAAAAGCCAGGAGUUCUCCUAA